AUGGGUGGGCUUUUGAGCAAGAAGCUAACCCUAGAGGACAAUGCGAGCGUUCAAGAAGGUCUUUCUUCCUACAACACCGCCGUCAAGAAGGAACCUGAUCUUCAAGAGUUUGAUGCUGCACUCAGACAAAGCACAAGUGGUUUACUGAGUUCAUUUUCUUUGUCCGACGACGGCAAGGUUUCGCCACUCACCCUGAAAUCAUUCGAGACGCUGACCUCCUACUAUAAGUUCUCUCACCAGCACGUAGUCGAACUCUUCGACAAAUGUAAAGACGACAUUCUCAAGGACGACGAAUUUUUUGAUGUUGUGAAGGAGUUCUUCGACAGCAGUGUACUGGUUUUGGAGCUUUGCAUUGCAAUGGAAAAUUGCCUGAUUCAAUUUCAGAAGGAGAAACUCAAGCUUUCAUCGGCUAUGGAGCAGUUUGGACAAGAACACGAGAAAGGUGAGAAAAUUUACCACAAGACUCUAAAGGCGCUCCAUGAUUUCAGCAAGAUUGGUAACCCUUUCAAUAAGGAUUUCUCUUCUUUACUGGAAUCAGUUUGUGAAAAAUAUCUUAUGAUGUUAGAGAAUCUUGUAUGCAAGAAAAAGAAACUCGACAAAAAAUUGAAGGAUACCAAAUCUUGGAUUACAUUCUCAAAUGUGAUUUUUGGAAUAACCUUUGGGUCUAUCUUUGUUUGCUCGUUUGUGGUGAUUGCCUGUGCGGCACCACCAAUGGUUGGUGCUCUGACGGGAGCCUUCAAGGAUGUGUUUUCCCCCACGGGGGGAUGGAUGGACAAUUUAUGGAAAAAAUAUAAGGAUGAACUCGAAGCUCGAUCGAUGAUUAGCCCGAUGAAAUUUGAUACAGAAGUUGUACUGUUCGAAUUAGGAUGUAUUAAGACUCGUGUGAGCCAGUUAAGCUCUGCUAUGGAAUCGCUAGUAGGUGAUGCAAUGAAGGGUGAUGGAGAAGUGGCAGAGUCUAUAAUACUUAUUAAGGAUAGAAUUGAAGUUUUCUCAGAGGAGAUUGGAGGGUUGAAGGAACAUAUUCUGAAUUGUCACCAUGACAUAUCAGCUGGCAGAAACAAUCUUGCCAUAAAAAAUGAGAAGAACAAGGAAGCUUAUACUGCAGAUGUUGCUGAAUUCGAUUUGGUGAUGCAAAUUUUUCACCUCUUUGCCUUGUUCAUUUAUCUUCUUCUUCAAUUCCUAUCAUUGCCGGAGUUGGAGGUGAAACAUGGAGAGGGAAAAAGAGAGAGGAAGCCAGAUCGGAGAGGCCGUCGUGAUGCUGAUCUUGCACCCUACAGCCAAUUUUAA